GUUUUAACUGGAACCAAUUGGCAACUGGUUUUCAAUUGGAACCAGUUGUUCCAAUUUCCCUAUUGAAACCAGUUGGCCAACUGGUUUCAAUUGGUUUUGCCCUAAUUGGUUUUAACUGGAUUUUGGUCCUGGGCUUCUUCACUCUUAGCGGAGUUUAGUUGCGCGCGGAGCUGAGCUGGAGAACCCCUCUAGCUCUUGGUUGUUAAAGGGUAAUAAAGGUGUCCGUCCGGCAAUAGGAUACACUGCCAUAAUUGAUUUUUCAAGGACAUCUCGAAUUAGACUCAAACAACCAAGAUGGGUUCUUAUGCAACCUUCCUGAUUGCCGCAAUCACUGCUGCAGUAACUUCGGUCAUCUAUGAUGCACUCCAGCAAGAUUUUGGGCGGAGCUUUGAGAUGGGCGGGGCACUUGGUUUGAUUGACAGGAAGGAAAACCUUAGCCUGGAGGAAUACAAUGAAAACUAUAAUGGAAAAUGGCCAGUUAUUAUCACAGAUGUGGUCGGAAAGUGGAAAGCUAGUGGAUGGAGUGAGAACUUUUUUACUCAGAACUUUGGAGAUGAACACGUCACCCUGAAAUCUGUUCAGUCAAAACUAAAAGAUGCCUCAAGCAGUUACACGACCCUGCAGCACUUUGUGAAGCUGAAGAAGAGUGCAGGAAGGAAAGAUCGAUGGCUUUAUGUCGAGGACGAGAUCUUUAUACCUCGUAGGCCAUCUUUAAAGGAAGAUAUCGGACAAGUGAUGUAUCUUGAGGAGGAUUUCUUCCAGCUAUUCCCUGAAGAAAUUAGACCUUGGAAUGCCAUGAUGCUAUGGGGUACUGCUUACUCAAGAUCGGCGCUACAUAUAGACCCAUAUAACUGGACAGGAUCUAAUGCAGUGAUAUGGGGUAAGAAGCGAUGGAAGCUAUACCCGCCGGGUCAAGAUGACUUGCUCUACGCUAAAACGAACCCUAACUCUGGAUUUCCUCUCAAUUGCCAUACAUAUACAAGUCCUGUUGAUGCCUUCGAUCCAGAUCUAGAUGCUUAUCCCAACUUUGCCAAAGCAAGAGCUUUACACAUUGAACAACAUCCCGGUGAACUCUUGAUCAUUCCUUCAGGGUGGUUUCACCAAGCUUUCAAUGUCCAAGAAACCUUCGCUAUCAGCAGUCAAGUCAUGGACCUUGCAAAUUAUAAAAUUAUUCUUGAAGAGAUAGCCAAAGCAGGUCAUUUUGCACAAACCAAGCUUCAUUCAUUAUAUGAAUCCAUUACACCCUCAAAACAGGUGGAAGCCGCUAUGAAACUCAUUCCACAGCACGUCAUCGAUAGAGGGCGCACUGUACUGGACAUCGCCAUCAACCAACUGACCUUGCAAGAGUCGAUGCAAAGCAAAUAUUCAUGAUGCAGAAUACUAUUCCAUCUACCAUCCCCUAUUUUUUGAAGUUCACAUCACCCCACGCGAUAUUCUGCAAUACGGCUCUGACAACCUCUUUUCUGGUAUCAGCUUUUUGUAUUAUGCUUUUUACACGUUUUCUUAACCCCGUACUAUUACUAACCCUUCAAUCCCCUACUAUUUUCCCCCUUUUUUUUACACAGGCCAAAUUUUCUGCCUAACUCGGCUAAUGAAAUGCUUGCCUUUCCCACACAAAAUACAGUAAUCCUGGACAAGUGGUACACAUUCAUGAGUACUUUUCUUUGACUGGACAAGAGCAAUGGCUCUGUUGCCUCUAGGGCAUACAUUGACACCCUCCUUGGCUUGGAGAGGAUUCUUUUCCCACUAGCGACUCUUAACCCCAAACCAUCACUCUUAACACUGCAAUUGCUCGGCUAACCCUGCUAUUUUGCAGGGCCGAAUAAUCCCGUUCUAUAGAUUGGGUUAGCCCACUUUGCGAAAACGCUCGGCAAAAAAAACAAAGUGAGCUAAGCUUAACCCUGUACUAUAGGUGAGGCUAAAUUGACUUAUAGCCCACUUUGUCGUACAGGGUUAAUACAUUUGUUGCUAGUGUAAAAAACCAAUAUUAUAACCAUAGGCAGCGAUCCUGGGGGAUGUGUCCCUUGGUAGAAUUGCAAAUUUAGAGCGGCCCAUUCAGCGUGUUUCUAUAAAGAAUUAUUAAAAACGGUAUCCCCCUUAACCCAUCCUGUGUCUACAGAGUGAAUAAUCCGAUUAACUCACAUUGCGCGUCGCAGAACACGGCAAUAACCACCUUUCAGAGGUGAUUAUGAGGAACCGAUUUUGCGCGAUGCGGUUUAUCAAUAAACCGCAUCGCGUCUGUUUCAACAGGGAAGUUUUCCGGAAUUCUGGAUAAUUACAUGGGUAAUACCAUUUAACGAGUCUCUGUAGAAACACGCCGAUUUAUAAUUGGUGUUUUGUCUUAGACAGUCUCAGAUUAGACAGAGAGGUUUACAUGCAUAAUCAGCCGAGGCAGAGACGAGAUGCACAAUCACAGUCUUGAGAUGCAGACACGUUUUGAGAUACUCAAUGCUAACUGAAGUAUUAAAGACAGGGGCCCGUAUUCUGAAGUCAGGUUUAACUUUAAUAGACCACGGUCUAACUCUGUACUAAAAUUAUGGGAAGCCAAGAAAUAAAAAAUUAAGUUUAUAUUUCUUAUGUGUAUUAUUUUGUUUCCUAUUGCUUUCAUAAUGAAGAAAAUACUUCAGUUAUCAUUCCCAGACAACUAUGAACAAUUUGGGUGUCAGAUGAGUUAAUAAACUGAAUGUUUACUGUUAGAGAUUUUAUUAUGCUCCAAUUGGCUUUUCAUACUUAAACCACAACUUUAAAAACCCGACUUCAAAAUACGGGCCACUGAGAUUUACCUUAGUUUUUAAUGUCUGCGAGAAACAAGACAUUGCCUUCGAGACAGACCCACACCCAGACGUUAGCAUCUGAGAUCAAUAUGAGACUCACAAUCUCCGUCUGGAGACAUGUCUCGGUACACUAUUACAAGUAAUAUUCCUGCUGGGCAGCAUUGCAUGAAAAAAAACUUGUGUGACCUGUUUUUUUCUGACGAGUCUCUUUUACUGACUUUUACCAGAGUAAAAGUGUUCCUCUGUUAAUCAAAUUCAAGGAAGAUUGUCAGAUCUGACAACUUGUUCGAUGACAAAUAGUGAUGAAAUGUUCCCCAGAGUUGACCCAGGAUUCGAGCUUUGGACUACAGAAUCAUUUAUUAACUUUCACAAGUAGAUCUGUGGAUUUGGGCACACACCUCAUUCCUCCUUGUCUUCUUAUCAGUCACUGCAUGGCAUGGAAGAUAACUGUGACCUUGUCUGAAGCCAAGAACAGGGCAAAUAGAAGGCGGGGUAUCAAUUUCACUUGAUAAUCACUACCUAAGAGAUAACUUUAACCUUGUCUAUAGCCAAGAACAGGGCAAAUAGAAGGCAGGGUAUCAUCAAUUUUUACUUGAUAAUCACAACCUAAGUGAUUGUUUUGCCAAUUUUCUAGUAGGCUUUUUAGUUAAUGCUGUAUGUGAGCUAGUUUUGUACUUUAUAUUUUAAGUCUUGUAUUUUUGUAGAAAUUCAAGUACAUGUAUGUGCAAUUAUUUAACUUUAUAUAUAUAUAAUUUUUGACAGAGGGAUAGGAUUUUUUUUGUAUUAUACUUAACCGAUAUUUCUUUUUCACCAAAAGCACCCUUGAUUUUCUUGCCAAUUUAGAUAUUUGCUAACAGUUACAUUUAAUGAUAUUGAAUAUUCCAUGUUUGUGAUGCUUAUUUAUCCCCUAAAUGGCUCUAUAAGAUGUUAUGGAUGUUUUUAUUCAUGUGACUCCGGAUUUGAAAACUAGAGAGGGUGAAAAUUUGCCUCUAUCUAUGACUAAAGGAUGCAUGAUAUGAUGACGAUAUUGAAAUAAUAAUAAUAUACCAAGAUACACAUCGAUGUACCUAACUUUAGUCUUUUAGAACAGUAGAAAUCUGUUUGACGUUGGUGAAAAUUUUACUUUAAAUAGGAAGAUUCACAUGUUUGCCAUAAUCUGGGCACUGUUACAUUACUGUUAUAAUCGAUUGUACAAUUAAGCGUAACUGUAAAUGUAUGGAAAUCAUGUACAAAAAGUUACAAUUAAUUGUUAUUGUCAGUCGUAUCUGUUUAUGUUAAAUCCCCUUGGUCUGAUAAAUUGCUCUGACAUGGACAAUUAUUUGACCUAUAGAAUGGUGACUUAUAAAGACUAAACCUGUAUGUACUACUAGUAUUGCACACUCUUAUCUGUGACUGCCCUAUUCCAGCUAGGCUUUUGCCGUUGACCCUUAUGCCGUUUUCAUACUGAAGGCGAAGUUACAUUACACCCCCUUUCAAACUGGCAAACUCUGCAGCGUUGUAUCCGCAGUCGUUUCCGUGGUUUCCAAGCAAGUUCGCGCCAUAUGUGUGGCAUGAGGAAUCUCCCCCAUGCGGAAAUGAAUGAAGUUACGCAUAAAAUAGGCGAUAACGCAUUUCCAGUGCGGACUAACUCUGUAACCCUCUUCUUGAAGUGGGUUGAGUACUCUGCUUAGAAUCCGGAUCGAAAUAACACUAGAAUCUUCAUACUCAUUCCACAGCAAGUGGAGUAACUCCACUUCGGCUGUCAGUAUGAAAGUGGUAUUAGUAAACUUAAAGGACAAGAUUCUUGCUCUUAUGAUAUUACCCUUUCUUGUCAGCAAACUUUCAUUAGAAUUUGAAGCCUUUUGACCACUUUCAAGUGAAACACGGGCCUUCCAGCAAUUGCACAUUUGAAAGAAAAAAAUCUAAAUUCCUAACACUCCAACCUUUGGUAUAGAAUGUUUUUCCUAUAUCUCGUAAAAAAUCUCUAUUAAUAAUUUGGGAUGUAAAAAAAUAAAAAUGGAAAUCAUUUAAUGUUUAAAAUAGAUAUCUGAAAUAUAAAUACAUUUGAUCGUAUGCCCAGCAGCCACUGUGCAACGCCAAAUCAAUAUCGCCCUUAAAUCGUUGAACGCCAAACAGGGUAGCAGCAACUCUUAUCUUUUAACGUCCUUUGGUCUGACGCGGCCAGGGUUGGAACUCCUGACUUCUCGGUUGUGAGACGGUUGCUCUGCCAACUCACUCCAUACACAAUGUUUUACGUUCAUUUGUUUUUUUUCAAAAGCAAAAUUAUCCAUAUAUAUUAUUUAUAAAGGUUCAAAGGUCUUUCUAGGAUCUUAUUGCAUUACAGUCUUAGCCUGGUUAGUAAUUCUGGUGUACCCUUCAAUCUGAUUCAUUAGAGGAACAUGAAGCCAUAAACACACAUUUGAAAUUCCCAUGCAUUGCAAUAUUACCAGUACUAUUUGUGAUUUGAAAAUAUAUGUGGUUCGAAAAACCUGUGCUGGAACACAAAGCAAGGAAACCAAAAAUGUUCAUAUUUUAAAGUAUUUCAUCGUUAUAAAGCCUAAAGCUGCUCUGCAGUGGGGUCUUACUAUCACAUCAGAAUUUGUAACUAAAUUCACAAAAUUUAUCUGAUUUUGUUUAUGCGGAUACUUUGCAGGUCUCAUUAAUAUAUUAUCCUACUCCACCAUACUGUUUGAAGAGAAGUAUUAGUACCUUGACAAGUCCAUCCUUGAUGUAAGUUAUUUGUAUUCACUAUGUUUCAUAAACAUGAGUGCAAUAAAUAUUUCAUUAUUUAUUAAA